AUGUUCUCGCUUAACGCUACUCUUCCAGCACACCAACUUGGUGCCUCGGUAACGCUGAACCGGAAAGCACAGGUGUUCCGACCAUCGCGACGUCUUCGUUGCUUUUGCUCCACGCGCGCCACCGUCUCCACUGAUACGCCUUACACCGGACGCGAAUCUCAGCUCAGGAUUCUUUCAUCGUCUCAGGUACAAGAUGCUCUGCCUCGCCUUUGCGCCGUAACCGUGCUUCUCGCGGCUGUGUUGGUAACGCCGCUGGGGGAAGUAGCGGAGGCAGCGGAAGGCGGAGGACGCGUUGGCGGUCAGGUGUUUCAGCGGUCUCAGAAAGCCAAGGAUCGGAAACCAGAGAGCUCACGGACAGCUAAAUCGCUACCACCCCAAUCGAAGAGGUAG